AAAAAAUGCCUCCCAAAAGAGCGUAAUCAAAAGCUAAGAAGGUAAUUCCUGUGGUGACAGCAAAAGGAAAGAAAGAUGCAAAAGCUGCAUAGAAAAAUGCGUAAUAUAGAUUUAAUAAAAUAUAGUAAGGUGGUAGCAAAAUAGACACCGAAAAGUGUAUCUACAGACAGGAAAGGAUCAAGUGUAAAGUCGUUGGGUCUUGCCCCACCUGCAAAAUCAGCAACAAAGAAUAAUGCAAAAUAAACAUCUGUAUCCAAAAAGGAUGCUACAGCCACUCCAGCAAAGAAAGAUAUUCCAGAUAAGAAAAAGGCAUAAAAGAAAUCACCAUCUCCUCCUCCAAAAAAAAAGGUUGAAAAAGAGAAAACAGAAUUGAAGAAAAUUACAUUUAGUGGUUCUGCUCCUGUUGAUGAAUUUGUUGCACAAAAGGAGACUUACGUUGUAUAUGAAUAAGGCGGUAAGAUUUAUGAUUGUGCGAUGAAUCAAACGAAUAUUAUGGAAGAUAAUAAUAAUAAUAAGUUUUAUUUUGUUUAACUAUUGAAAAAGAAGAAUGAAAGUAAAUAUGAAAAUGAAUAAAUUUAGACGCUUAUUUUGUAUUCACUAGAUGGGGAAGAGUUGGUUAAAUUGGAUAAUAGGCCUUGUAACCAUGUUAAGGCGAUUUAUCCUCAGCAAUUAGCUAAUACUAGAAGAAGAUUCACGAGAAGAGUGUUAAAGGAGAUUAUCGUAUUUUGGAGAAGGAUUAUUCAGGAGAAAAUGAUCCAAAGGCUUUGGAGAAAUUGGAGAAGUUGAGAGAGUAGAAAGAGAAAGAAUCAUUCAAUAAAAGCAAGUUGCAUUAGAGAGUAAAAGAGUUGAUAAGGUUGAUCUUUGAUAUGAAAAUGAUGAAUAAUCAAAUGAGAGAGUAAGAAUGUAUUUCUAAAGUAGAAUUGGUUAUGAUGCAAAGAAGAUGCCAUUGGGUAAAUUAGCAGCAACAACCAUCAAAAAAGGAUUUGAUGUUUUGAAGUAGAUCUAAGAUGAAUUGGAUAAAAAGAACACUAAUGUUGUAGAGUUACAAAGACUCACGAGUGAAUUUUAUAGUUAGAUUCCACAUGAUUUUGGUAUGAAUAAAGCUCCUUUGAUUGAUACAAAGGAAAAAGUGAAGGCUAAACUGGAAAUGUUGGAAGCCAUUUAACACAUUUAAGUGGCAACCAAAAUUUUGGAGGAGAGCAAAGAUGAUAAUAAUAUGAUAGAUGAGAACUAUAAAAAACUUAACAUAGAUUUAAAAUAUUUGGAUCAUAAUAGUGAGAAGGUUAAAUUAAUCAAGAAAUUCAUACAAAAUACAUAGGGAUAUUAUAAAUUGGAGGUCGAAGAUGUCUUUGAAUUGACAAAAGAUUAAGAUGAUAAGAGAUUCAAGAAGGAUCUUGGAAAUAGAAUGCUUUUAUGGCAUGGAUCUCGUUUAACUAACUUUGUGGGUAUCUUGGGACAAGGUUUAAGAAUAGCUCCUCCUGAAGCUCCAGUUACUGGUUAUAGAUUUGGAAAGGUAAUCUAUUUAAUAUAUAUAAUUAAAGGGAGUCUAUUUGGCAGAUGUGGUUGAAAAAUCAGCAGGUUAUUGUUGUCCAGAUCCAACAACAAAAACUGGGUUGAUUUUGCUAUGUGAUGUUGCAUUGGGAAAUCCAAAUAUAAAAUUGGAUUCUGAUUAUAAUGCUAGCAAUCUUCCUAAGGGAAAGCAUUGCACUUGGGGUAAAGCUAGAAGUUACCCUCCUGAAAAGUCAUAUGUGGAAAUGCCUGGGUUACCUGGAGUGAAAGUCCCAAUAGGUAAGCCAGAGCCUUCAGAUGUUGAGAAGAAGUCAGGGUUGUGGCAUAAUGAAUUUAUAGUGUAUGAUGUUGCUUAGGUGAGACUUAAGUAUUUGAUCAAGAUGAAGUGGUAAAAUUGA